UCUCUCUCGCGCAUUUGUCUUCUCCAUUUGUAGAAACAUUUUCUCCCAAAGAUUAAAGAAUCUUUAAAAGCCACUGCGAUGACACGAGGAGAAAUCUCUCUUUUUCCGAUAUAAAUAAAACUAUAAUUCAUUCUGUUAAAACCUGGGUUUACUCGACAAAAAGGGGUUUGUUUUGUUUUCUUCUUCAAGCAUCCGCUGGAUCGUUCCAAAGCUUCAUUAACCUAACAUACGACGGAGAUCUCAAGACGACCCUCGAUUCUCUCACGGUUCGUGCUUCUUCACUUCUCGUAAAGAUAAUCAAAAAUCCUUAAUUGGGUUGUGGAGAGUUCUAAUCCCUUUAAAAUCUGGAUGACGUUAUGCAGAAGCGGAGAAUCAUCACUGUGGAUCAAUCGGCGUCUAUUGAGAUGACACAGUACAGUAGCAACAAUGACGUUCCUUACUCACGUGUCGGUGAUGAUGAGGUUCCUUCAUCACCUAAAGCUGCCGACAAGAUUAGGAAAGUCUCGAUGUUGCCACUUGUUUUCCUCAUCUUCUAUGAAGUCUCAGGAGGUCCUUUUGGUGUUGAAGACAGUGUGAAUGCAGCUGGACCCUUGUUAGCUCUUCUUGGGUUUGUGAUCUUUCCUUUCAUUUGGAGUAUUCCUGAGGCUUUGAUCACUGCUGAGAUGGGCACAAUGUUUCCAGAGAAUGGUGGUUAUGUGGUGUGGGUUUCUUCUGCUUUGGGACCAUUCUGGGGGUUUCAGCAAGGUUGGAUGAAAUGGCUAAGUGGUGUUAUCGAUAACGCGUUGUAUCCUGUUCUGUUUCUUGAUUAUUUGAAGUCUGGAAUCCCGGCUUUAGGUAGCGGUUUGCCAAGAGUUGCAGCCAUCUUGGUGUUGACUAUUUUGUUGACGUAUCUUAACUAUAGGGGACUAACUAUAGUUGGUUGGGCUGCUGUGCUUAUGGGGGUUUUCUCAAUCCUUCCGUUUGCUGUGAUGGGUUUGAUUUCGAUUCCACAGCUGGAGCCUUCGAGAUGGCUUGUGAUGGAUUUAGGGAAUGUGAACUGGAAUUUGUAUCUAAACACACUUUUCUGGAAUCUGAACUAUUGGGAUUCGAUCAGCACACUAGCUGGUGAAGUGGAAAACCCAAACAAGACGCUUCCAAAGGCUUUGUAUUAUGGUGUGAUCUUAGUUGCUUGUUCUUACAUCUUCCCUCUUUUGACUGGAACCGGGGCAAUCCCAUUAGAGCGUGAGAAAUGGACAGAUGGGUAUUUUUCUGAUGUGGCCAAAGCGCUCGGUGGAGCAUGGUUGAGAUGGUGGGUUCAAGCUGCUGCUGCCACAUCAAACAUGGGAAUGUUUCUAGCCGAGAUGAGUAGUGACUCUUUUCAGCUUCUCGGAAUGGCUGAGCGUGGUAUGCUUCCUGAGUUCUUCGCCAAAAGGUCACGGUACGGGACACCUUUACUAGGGAUUCUGUUUUCAGCUUCAGGCGUUAUACUCUUGUCUUGGCUAAGCUUUCAAGAGAUUGUAGCUGCAGAGAACUUACUCUACUGCGUUGGUAUGAUCUUGGAAUUUAUAGCUUUUGUUAGGAUGAGAAUGAAACACCCUGCUGCAUCAAGACCUUACAAGAUACCAAUCGGAACUGUAGGUUCGGUCCUCAUGUGUGUUCCUCCGACCAUACUAAUCUGUGCCGUUGUAGCACUCUCGUCUCUAAAAGUAGCUGCAGUAAGCUUUGUGAUGCUAAUCAUAGGCUUCAUAAUGCAUCCCUUGCUAAACCAUAUGGAUCGAAAGAAAUGGCUCAAAUUCUCCAUCAGUUCUGACUUACCGGACCUUCAGCAGGAGACUCGGGAAUACGAAGAAACUCUGAUACGUUAACACUGUUCUGAUGUCUUUUCCCCAUCUAUGUUUUAGUACAGAGCUUGGAAUCCGUUGACAAAAAAAGCUCUGUACUCUGUUUACUCACAGCUUCUUCUAAAGUUGUAGUUUUUUUUUCUUUCCCGGUAAAGUUAGGUUAUCGUUAAAUACGGUUUUAAUAAACUUGUGCAAAUGUGUUUGUAUCUCCCUUGCCAGUAUCGAUCUGUGGGGAACAAGGUUUGAGGAAAAAUUGAAUUCUUUGGAUAAGAUUUCAUCGCUAA